ACGAAACUUUAAUUAGGAUUAAAAAUGUACUGUAAAUUACGAAAGGUUUUGAGGUGUUUGUUGGCUUUAGUUCAUCAGUAUGGUGAAUGUAAACGGUCAGGAGGUCUGAUGGUUGUCGUUAGAGCGCUGUCUCAAUCUCCCGCGAUUUUAACCGUAUCUGCUGCUGGUGCUUGGUGUAAAAAAAUGUCUAAAUCUGCUUUGAAAGAGGCUGUGGACAGACUUUCUUUAGAGGUCCCAACUUGUGAGUGUGUUCAUCAGGAAGAGCUUCAGAGGUUUACUGACAACUUGGGGUCUUUGUUUUUUACCUAUUCUUUUCAUGUUGGAAGGGCUACUAGUCAGUCAGUGGAGGCUCAACAGUCAAAGAUCGAAAAAUUUCUGCACAGACUCAGUCUGGUUCAUGCACAGGUGAAAAUCAUCUUUGAGAUUAGGACAGAUUCAACGACGCACAAGCAAAUGUUCAGGAGUCCAUUCUCUGGAUGGUGUUUCCCAUCCUGCCAACAAAUGCACCCAGUAUUGGGAGACACACUGAGCUGUGUGCUUCCCACUGACACAAUAGAGGCUGGAUUGUGUGGGGAAAUGAGCAUGGUUACCAUGGCAACACUUGCACCCUGUAUGGAUCAGUAUGCCAACUGGCCCACUCGACUCUCAUGCAUACGGAUAUCCUUUGUAAUGUUCACAUAA